UCUCCAAUCGACUAAAAAUCUCUCGAUUCUCUCUUAGUUUCCCAUUGAGAUGAUCAUCCUCUCGCUUUUUUUAGCGCCUCUGAUGAGCACCGCUCAAGAAAUUCCACCAAACAUCAUGAGCCCUAUAAAUUUAAAUUUCUCCGAAUACGGGACUUCAAUAAGUCAAUUUGCCUGGCCCAAGAUACUUGCGAAGUACACUGUCAACAAUGUGACUCCCAUUGCUCUCAGCUUCAAUAAAGGCUUCAAAUCCUCGUACAUGGCAAGAUGACUGUUACAUGAGAUAUUUUCAAACCACUGAUGCCGACCUAGUUGUUUAUUGGAAGGGUUCUAGCGCUAUUUAUUGCGAAGUGUACGUCAAACUCCCAAACGGUGCCCCAGCGUCCACACCAUCGUUUCCUGUAAGUAUGCUGCUCCGUGUAGAACAUUUCAAGCCCAGAUGCCCAGACCUAUAACUGAAGUUCUGAAGUUUUUCUUCUAAUGUUAAUAAAAAAUAUUGUUAA